UGUAUAUAAAUUGUGAUGCAAUUUAAAAAGCAACAGUCUUUAAAUAUUAAACAGGGAAGAAGUUUGGUCUUGUGGUGGAGGUUCCAGGCUCGAAGCCAGGAGACUGUGAGUUCUGGUCCUGCCUUAGGUCUGAAAGGCAGCUGGAUGCUGCUGCAGUUGCCUUGUGCCAAGGGCAGGAUGCCCUUCUUGGCCCUCCGGCACCUCUUCCGUCACCCCGCUGCCUUCCUGAGCACCCCACGGGUAGAAUACAAGCCGAUCCAGAAGGUGAUGGUAGCCAACCGAGGGGAGAUCGCCAUCCGGGUCUUCCGAGCCUGCACGGAGCUCGGCAUCCGGACGGUGGCGGUCUAUUCCGAGCAGGACACGGGGCAGAUGCAUCGGCAGAAGGCAGACGAGGCGUAUCUGAUCGGCCGCGGCCUCCCCCCGGUUCAGGCCUACCUGCACAUUCCAGACAUCAUCAAAGUCGCCAAGGAUAAUGCAGUGGACGCGAUCCAUCCCGGCUACGGCUUCCUCUCCGAGCGAGCUGAUUUUGCCAAGGCCUGCCUGGAAGCUGGGGUGCGCUUCAUUGGGCCCUCUCCUGAAGUGGUGCGCAAGAUGGGGGACAAGGUGGAGGCCCGCGCCAUUGCUAUCUCUGCUGGAGUGCCUGUGGUCCCCGGGACAGAUGCCCCCAUCUCCUCUCUGAAUGAGGCACAGGAGUUCUCGCAGGCGUACGGCUUCCCCAUCAUCUUCAAGGCUGCCUAUGGCGGAGGAGGACGAGGCAUGAGAGUCGUGCGCAGUUACGAGGUAGGGCGUGUGGCUCAAGAACUAACCCGGGCGUUCUCUGAGGCCCUCUCUGCUUUUGGCAAUGGUGCUCUCUUUGUGGAGAAGUUCGUGGAGAAGCCAAGGCACAUCGAAGUCCAGAUUUUGGGUGACAAGCAUGGGAAUGUGUUGCACCUGUAUGAGAGGGAUUGCUCCAUCCAGCGACGGCACCAGAAAGUGGUGGAAAUUGCCCCUGCCGCCCACCUCGACUCCCAGCUGCGCUCUAAACUCACUGCUGACGCCGUCCGCCUCGCCAAACAGGUUGGAUACGAAAAUGCUGGCACGGUGGAGUUCUUGUUGGACAAACAUGGCAAGCAUUACUUCAUUGAGGUCAAUUCCCGGCUUCAGGUUGAGCACACGGUGACAGAAGAGAUCACAGAUGUUGAUCUUGUCCAUGCCCUCCACAUCGCCGAGGGGAAGAGCCUGCCAGAGCUGGGCCUGAAGCAGGAGAACGUGCGCAUCAACGGCUGUGCCAUCCAGUGUCGCGUGACGACCGAGGAUCCUGCUCGUGGGUUCCAGCCAGACACAGGCCGGAUUGAGGUCUUCCGGAGUGGCGAGGGGAUGGGCAUCCGCCUAGACAGCGCCUCUGCCUUCCAGGGAGCCAUCAUCUCCCCCCACUACGACUCGCUCCUGGUGAAGGUCAUCGCCCAUGGCAAGGACCACCCCACGGCAGCCUCCAAGAUGAGCCGGGCUCUGGCCGAGUUCCGCAUCCGUGGAGUCAAGACCAACAUCCCUUUCCUGCAGAACGUGCUCAGUAAUGAUCAGUUUCUCCAUGGCACUGUGGACACCCAGUUCAUUGAUGAAAACCCAGAUCUCUUCCAUCUGCGGCCUGGCCAGAACAGAGCUCAGAAGCUGCUCCACUACCUGGGACACGUCAUGGUAAAUGGCCCCACCACGCCCAUCCCUGUGAAAGCCCAACCUUCGCCCAUUGAUCCGUUGGUCCCUGCGGUUCCCUUAGGUCAGCCCCCCGACGGCUUCCGGGACGUCCUUCUCAGAGAGGGCCCUGCGGGCUUCGCCAAGGCCAUUCGGCAGCACCAGGGCCUGCUUUUAAUGGACACCACCUUCCGAGAUGCUCACCAGUCCCUGCUGGCCACUCGCGUUCGCACCCACGACCUGAAGAAGAUUGCCCCCUUCGUAGCUCACAACUUCAGCAGGCUCUUCAGCAUCGAGAACUGGGGAGGUGCCACCUUCGAUGUUGCCAUGCGCUUCCUGUACGAGUGCCCCUGGCAGCGGCUGCAGGAGCUGCGAGAGCUCAUCCCCAAUGUCCCAUUCCAGAUGCUGCUGAGGGGGGCGAAUGCGGUGGGCUACACCAAUUACCCAGAUAACUCUGUCUUCAAGUUCUGCGAGAUGGCCAGAGAGAAUGGGAUGGACAUCUUCCGUGUCUUUGACUCCCUCAAUUACCUCCCUAACAUGCUGCUGGGGAUGGAGGCAGCUGGACAGGCUGGGGGCGUGGUGGAGGCUGCGAUCUCCUACACGGGGGAUGUGGCUGACCCCAGCCGGACCAAGUACACCUUGGAUUACUACCUUAGCCUUGCGGAGCAGCUGGUCAAAGCCGGGACUCACAUCUUGGCCAUCAAGGACAUGGCUGGAGUGUUGAAGCCGCAAGCCUCCUCCCUGCUCGUGGGGGCGCUGCGCAAGCAAUUCCCCGACGUCCCGCUUCACAUUCACACCCAUGACACUUCAGGGGCCGGCGUGGCUUCCAUGUUGGCUUGCGCUGCUGCCGGGGCUGACAUAGUUGAUGUCGCGGUGGAUUCCAUGUCGGGCAUGACUUCCCAACCGAGCAUGGGUGCGAUGGUGGCUUGUACCCGUGGCACAGAGCAUGACACAGGCAUCCAGAUGCAGAAAGUCUUUGACUACAGUGAAUACUGGGAGGUGGCCCGGGGCCUCUACGCGGCCUUCGACUGCACGGCCACCAUGAAAUCUGGCAACGCAGACGUCUACGAGAACGAGAUCCCCGGUGGCCAGUACACCAACCUGCACUUCCAGGCCCACAGCAUGGGGUUGGGUCACAAGUUCAAGGAGGUGAAGAAAGCCUAUGUGGAGGCCAACAAGCUGCUUGGCGACCUCAUCAAGGUGACACCCUCUUCGAAGAUCGUGGGGGACCUGGCUCAGUUCAUGGUUCAGAACAACCUGACGCAGGAAGACGUGGAAGCUCAGGCAGACGAGCUCUCCUUCCCCCAGUCCGUGGUGGAGUUCCUGCAAGGCUACAUCGGCAUCCCCCACGGGGGCUUCCCAGAGCCCCUCCGCUCCAAGGUGCUGAAAGACCUGCCCCGCGUGGAGGGCCGCCCCGGGGCCUCCCUGCCCCCCCUGGACUUCGCAAAAUUGGAGCAGGAGUUGUGCGAAAAGCAUGAAGAGAUCACCCCAGAAGACGUCCUGUCCGCUGCCAUGUACCCCAAGGUCUUCAGUGACUUCAAGGACUUCACAGCCUCCUUUGGGCCUGUCGAAUGUCUCAAUACGCGGCUCUUCCUGGAGGGGCCCAAGAUAGCCGAGGAGUUUGAGGUGGAGCUGGAACGGGGGAAGACGCUGCACAUCAAGGCCUUAGCCCUGGGAGACCUCAACCGGGCUGGCCAGAGGGAAGUCUUCUUCGAACUGAAUGGACAGCUGCGCUCCAUCCUGGUCAAGGACACCAAGGCCAUGAAGGAGAUGCACUUCCACCCCAAAGCCCUGAAGGACGUCAAGGGCCAGGUGGGGGCUCCCAUGCCUGGGAAAGUCAUCGACAUCAAAGUGAAGGAAGGCGGGCAGGUUGAGAAGGGACACCCGCUCUGCGUCUUGAGCGCCAUGAAGAUGGAGACCGUGGUCAACUCGCCCAUGUCAGGCACGGUCAAGAAGAUCUAUGUCAAGUCUGAGAUGAGCUUAGAAGGGGAUGAUCUGAUCCUGGAGAUUGAGUAGCCGUCUCGUCCCAGGGACCCCAAAAGCUGCGGCGGCUUCUGAGCAACCUGCAGGGCUGCCGAGAGGCCCUCAAAGCAAGUUUCCCAGCUUUCAUCACUGGGCCCCCCCCUUUCCCUCCCCUCCCCUCCUCUAGGGGAGGAGCAGGGCUGGGCUUAAGGAGGGCAGGGGACUCAUUGCUCCCCCCUCCUCUGCGAGUAUCGUGGCACUCGGCACUCCUUGUUGCCUUCCUCCUCCCGGCAGAGAGAAAAGGAGCCGAGUGCGAAGAAACUGCUGUGGCUGCCCACCCCCAUCUCUCUUGCACCCCCUUUUCCUGGAGGCUGUCAGCCAGUUUGGCAGUAGAAGGGGCCACUUCUGUCCCAGGCGGGGCAAGGGGGGGGUGGGCUUCUUCCUCUCCAGCUGCCUCUUCUGCCUCCCUCCUUUCUCCUUCCUUUCUGCAGGAUAACCUUUGCCCCCAUUGGAAGCUUUUUUUCCCAGAGGGGGAGCGGUCCCUCCCUGCUCCCUCCCUUCAUCCAUCCACCUCACCCCUUCCAUUUCAGUUGCCGAACCGAGGAAGGUUGGCUGUGCCCAAGUUUAAACCUUGGGCCGCCACUUUGCGACGUAAAAGCCAGCUAAGCCGAGACUCCAGGGUUGCUUCGGAGGGGGUGCAGGGGCUGCCGUCCCUCCUUCCACCACUGGAGGCGGCAGUGCAACCAAAUCAUGAUUUUCCUGUUGCCAAUUAUUGGAUCGAUCAUCUGGGCUGGGCCUGAGAAUCGUGGAUGGAUUUUACUUGGGUAAAACAAGGGCAAAGGGCAAAACUUUUAAUGGAAGCCCUUGAAAUAAAUGAAAUAAAAUGCGA